AUGGAUAAAUUUGAUUCAAGUGAGAAUAUGAAAGACAAACUUCACCAAAAGUUACAAAGUGACUGUUCAAUUGAUCAUUAUCCACUUCAAGAGGAAAUGGGAGAAAAACCAAUUGGGAAACAAAACAUAGAAGGGAAGCUUUCAGCCAAUUUUGAAGAUAAACACAAGAACACAUCGGUGCAAACAGUAAGCAAUAAAAAUAAAAAGAAGCAUCUUAAAAAGAAGAAGAUGCCUGAACAGAUGGAGCAUAGCACAGAGAGAGAAAUAUUGAAUUCUGGAAAAGAAGUGGAAUCAAAUGGCCCAGAAUAUAAAGUUGAGGAAGCAGCAAAAAUUCAAGCCAAUAAGAAAAGUAUGAGAAUAGGAUUGUCAUUGAUGAAACAUCCAAUUCAGGCUCAAAAGCAAAAUCAAUUGAGAAUUUAA